GGAAUGGUCCAGAAGUUGGACCAAAAGCUCCCGGUGGCCAACGAGUACCUCCUCCUGUCGGGAGGCGUUCGGGAAGGUGUGGUGGACAUGGACUUGGACGAGCUGAGCGUCUACGCUCGUGGCACAGACUACGACAUGGACUUCACCCUGCUGGUCCCGGCGCUCAAACUCCACGACCGCAACCAGCCGGUGACCCUGGACAUGAGGCACUCGGCCCUGGGCCACUCCUGGCUCAGCCUUCGCCUCUUCGACGAAGGAACCAUCAACAAGUGGAAGGACUGCUGCACCAUCGUCGACCACAUCAACGGAACCACCAACUACUUCUUCUCUCCGACGCUGGUGGCCGACUGGUUCUACCAGUCCAUCUCCCUGGUGCUGCUGGAGGUGCAGAAGAAGCCGCAGCGAGGGAUGCCGAGAGUGGAGAAGGUGGAGAGGAACGGGACCAUCAUCUCCGUCAUCCUGGGCGUCGGGAGCAGCCGGAUGCUCUACGACAUCGUCCCCGUGGUGUCGUUCAAAGGCUGGCCGGCCGUCGCUCAGAGCUGGCUGAUGGAGAACCACUUUUGGGACGGGAAGAUCACUGAAGAGGAGGUGAUCAGCGGCUUCUACCUCGUCCCCGCCUGCUCCUUCAAAGGCCGCAAGGAGAACGAGUGGCGCCUCUCAUUCGCCCGCAGUGAGGUGCAGCUGAAGAAGUGCAUCUCGUCCAGCCUGAUGCAGGCGUACCAGGCCUGUAAAGCCAUCAUCAUCAAGCUGUUGUCCCGCCCCAAAGCCAUCAGCCCCUACCACCUCCGCAGCAUCAUGCUGUGGGCUUGUGACCGCCUUCCCGCCAACUACCUGGCGCAGGACGACUUCUCCGCCCACUUCCUGCUGGGCCUGAUCGACGACCUGCAGCACUGCCUCGUCAACAAGAUGUGUCCCAAUUACUUCAUUCCUCAGUGCAACAUGCUGGAGCACCUGUCAGACGAGACCGUCAUGCUGCACGCCCGCAAACUCUCCUCGGUGCGCUCCGACCCGGCCGAGCACCUCCGCACCACCAUCGAGCACGCCAAGGCCGCCAACAGGCUGACGGUGGACCUGCAGUGGCGAGGCAGCGCCAACAACCUGCCGUCGCCGCAGUCCGACGCCGGCGGAGAGAACCAGCCAGACGACCGGCUGGCCAAGAAGCUUCAGCAGCUGGUCACAGAGAAUCCUGGGAAAUCCAUCUCAGUCUUCAUCAACCCAGACGACGUCACGCGACCGCACUUCCGCAUCGACGACAAGUUCUUCUGAGACUGAGACAUGUUCUGCCAGACCUCUUCCUCUUCCUCCUCCUCUUCCUCUCUGCCUUCCUCCUCCUCGCCUGGUGCCCCGCCUCCUCUGAAACUUUAUUUUUUACAUUUUUUAUGUUUCUCUGCCACAGAGUGAAGUGAGGUGAUCGUCUAGUUGUGUCUGCCACAGUUUUUUAUUUUUUUAUUUUUAUUUUUCUAUUCCCGCUCCCCUCUUCCCUCCUCUUUCACUGUGUGCCCUGUGUUUUUUACCUGCUGAAUGCCUUUUAAAUAGACAGCUGAAUAGCAGCAGGUUGUUUUUAAAACUGAAAGAUGAGGAUGAAAAUCCACCUUAAGAUGGAAUUACUGUUCCAAUGUUACGGUAGUUUAAUUAUCAGGGAUCCUGGAAAUGAGACGAGAGCAACAAACUCCUGAAACGUCACAGAAGAUUGUUCACACGUGAAGCCUUCAGUAAUCAGGGAGCAGGAAUAUGAUGAAGAGUAAAACUCAUAUUAAGCUGCAGCUGAUAGAAGACCUGCAACAUUUAGGAAAAAUGAUACUAAAUGUAGAAAAGACUACUUCUAAUUUAUAAUCUUGACACUAAGUUUUUCAUAAUAUAGUUUUAAUAAUAAUACUUUAAUUACUUGUUCUUAUAAUUAUGACAAACCCAGUUCCCUCAUAAUGAAAGGUGGUAUUAUCUAAUAAUUGUGAUAUAAAGUCAUAACUAUGAGAUAAAAUCUGAUAAACAAGCCCAGCAUUAAUAAUUAUAUCAUCAUAAUUCAGUAAAAGUCAGAGAAAGUUAAUGAAGGGCUAGUUCCUCAGCUGUUCUUUCGUUCCACAAACGUAUAAAAGAUUGUUAAACUUACUUUGCUCUUUUAUUCGGCUCAGAUAUCCGCAGCAGCAGCAGCUCGGCGUCGGAACAGCGACAGGAUUGUUGAGUGAGACUGUAUCAGAUUGUAGACGCACUCAGGAGUUGAUUAUGUACGUACAGACGUCUCAGACCAGGACUAAAGAUUACAGAGUUCAGCUUGAAGGUGGAUUUUGUCCCUCUGAGGAAUGUCUUAUGGUCCGCUGGGGGCCGGGGGUACUAACGUCUUAGAAACUAACUGUAAAUAGAAGAAAACUGACUGAACGAGAAUAAUAGACUGUCGACUGACGACGAUGACGAUAAUGAUGAUGAUGAUGUGUGGACUACUUUUCGUCUAAUUUUGCACAGAAUGUAAAAAAACACCACUUUUCCUCUUGAUGGUGGACGUUGUGUUCGUCCUGAUUCAGAAAUGAUGUAUCAUAUCAGUAGACAGGUGGCGCCGCUGAGGAACGGUCGUACUGCACGUUUUAAAUGUGUAUAUUAACCGCUGGAGUAGCACCGAGCACACAGUGAUCCUGCAGCAGCCUGGGCCACUUCAUAAUGGAUUUAUAUAUUCCUCUUUUAAAGUCACUUUCAAUAUAAUAAACUUUGAACAAUAACUUGGUGCACAGACACGAGUACUUGCUGAUACCCACUACUGCAUUUUCAGCAGUAUCCGAAGAACUUGACUGAUUUUACGCCUCGUUCACACAUAAAGUCUGAACACCGGAGGCGCGAUACGAUGUCAUUCUUUAAGAGUUGAACCUCUAAAAACGGGCUAAUGAAUAAUAAAUAAUAAUAAAUCUGUGUACAGCGGUGCAGCCUGGAGAAGUCGAUAAAUCCCUUCAGGACGUUGUGAUGUGAUAACAACGUUUAAUUCCAAUUCAGUCGAUUCCUGUGAAUUCUGCACAACCUGUCCAAACACCCAGUGCCUGAAUUGGACCAAAUUAGGUGCCAGUAGCACCUAAUGCAGCACAACCCUAAUUGGUUUGCUGUUUUAUUAAGAACAUUUUCAGUGCUGUUUUCUUAGCAUUAAGCUAGCUGUGUUUACUCGUGGAGAAAAAUUAGAAGUGCUGGUACUCAGUAGCCCAAUUAAAGCACUAACUAAUAGAGAUUUUAUUCUCUCUGGAAUAAGUUCCCUUCGACUUCUAAUGAACAGUCUUUGCCCGACCAGCACAAAGGUCUUCAGUACUCGACAGCGUUUGUCAGUUUGGUUCUCACAUUAAAAUCCCUCUUGUUUUAGGCGCUUCUUCCUCAUUUGUUAUUAACAGAUUUGUUAAUAGCAAAGUAUUUCUCAGUAGGAAAGUAAUACAUAAUAAUACAGUUAUUUGUUUAUUUGGUACCGUAGUGAUUUAACGACAGAGCUAAAUUGGGGUGUCAUCUGCAUAUAUAACGUUUUUAUCUUAAAAAUAGGAUUUGGCCCAGAUGCAGCAUAGAAGUUGAACAAUAGCAACCUCUUGUUUUAGGUUCCUCUUCCUCAUUUGCUCGCUGUUGUUUUGAGUCUGAAAUUGGAAAUGUUUUCGACUCCACUAAAGAAGUUUUACACCUAACAGAGGAGAAAGUUAUUAUAGUGGUUAAAUGUGGAAAACUAACUACUGUAUUCUGUCAUCACCAAUGAACCAAUCAGAGCGGAGGAUUAAAUUCACUCAUUAAAGUGAAGCUGUAUGUGUGAGCGAGGUGUGACAGUAUCACCGUGUACUCGCAGCCCACAGUUUAACACUCAGGUUAAUCUGCUGCAUUACGACCGUCCUCAGUAACGACUCACACAAUAUUCCUUUAGACGUGAUAUCACUGGCAUAUCUUUCCACUUAUUCCUGUCACUUUCUGUUUUGUUUUCAUAGUUUUGAUCAGAAGUGAUCGUUUCAAUAAGCUUCACUGUAUCUGUACGACCUCGUAUGUGUUUAAUGACCCGACUGAUGUUCUGUUUCUGCUGCUUCAUUUCUGUUUGUAGGGUUCAACUCUGCUUCAGUGCAACCAGCUCAGGAUGUAUCCCGACUGAAGCUCUGAUUAAAUAAUCGACUGGCUCAAACGGGUCAGGAGUUUAUUAAAAGUCCGCAAACGACUGAACUGAGUCCAAAAACAAUAUCUUGAUGUAGAUUAGCUAACUAGUUAGCUAGCAUUUUGCUGUCUUUUCAUCAUGGACUAGCCUAGCAUAUAGCAU